GGUGUUGAUACUGUUCACGAUCCUGUUGUUGCCGAUACUGCUCAUGAUCCUGUUGCUGCUGAUACUGCUCAUGAUCCUGUGGCUGUUGAUACUGCUCAUGAUCCUGUGGCUGCUGAUAUUGUUCAUGAUCUUGUGGAUGCUGAUACUGCUCAUGAUCCUGUGGCGGUUGUGAUUGCUUUAGAUGCUGCCCAUUUAUUUGCAAAUGGUUAUGUGCUUCCGCUUGGUAAAUAG